AUGAAGUCCUUCACCAGUUUCAUCGCUUUCCUCACGUUUGUCGCUAGCGGAGUUCUCGGCGCGCAGCCUCUCACUAUGAAUAUGCCUGCGAACCCGUGCUUCUUACUUGGAGCGGAGGCUCAGCACCGUAUACCCUGCGUUGAUGCAAACGACACUCCGAUCAACACCAUCGAGACCUAUCACAACUUGUCUGGCAACUCCCUUGACUGGUUAGCUAACGUCAACGAAGGGGUAGUGGCCGGGUUUCAGCUCACCGACAGCGAGGGAAAUUUGACGCAGUCUGCGCCUGUUCAGGUCCAGGGUUCUACUUCUUCAUCGUGUCUGCCUUGA